AUGCUCAGCUACGGACAAGCGAUGCGCAGCGGCGAGCGCGACUGGUGGGAGAAGACGAUGCAAAAAGAAAUUCGCCGCCUCGAGGCCAACGACGUCUGGAAGAUCUAG